AUGACUGCAACGACUCCAACAUCUGGCUGGUCGUGGCUGACGUUGUUGCUGGUGAUAAGUCCGCUCGGUUAUGGUAAAAUGAUCAACGUCGAUUGGUCCCCCAACAGCGAUUUGUAAGUUUUUUUUAGUUUUUAUUUCUAUUUUUGCCUCUGAUAUAAACCUUUUUUCUCGAAACUUCUCCUUACAGUAGCUCCUUUCAUCUUUUAAAAUCUUUACAGUUUAAGUCUUUCAAAGGUAUGUCUCUUGUAACCCUUCAAUCAUAAACAUGUUUUCACAUAUGUUGUUAUCAAGGUUUGCGUUACUGUGUGUUGGACAAACACUUUUGGUCCAUCGUUGGCAUGCGUAAUCCCCAAAAGACGGGUUUUGUUUGGCGUUCCGAUUAAGGAAUGCAGAGAUUGAUCUGUUACGAAUUAGCAACGAUUUGUGCCAUUUUUCGAUUGAGAAUAAUAUAUCUUGGUAUAAAACACAAAAAAUCAGAUUAUUUUCGAUAUAAAUUCCAUUUUUUACAUAAACCAAUAGAAAGCCAAGUAAAAGACCAAACCAACAUACGAUUCCAUAAACUUUCCGACCAAUUCUUAUUUACGAUCUUUUGCACCCAAUAUAUCCACUCUGAAACAGCUAAUUCUAUGCAGAAUAUAAAAAACGAUUGAACUCAAAAAAGAGCUCUCUCCCGUUCAAGACUCUCGACUUAAUCCACUUGGCCGAUCAAACGAUGCCGCCCCGAUCGGUCUCUUUUUGAGGUUGUCUCAUCCAGUUCCCGCAGGAUUUUGAUUAAUAAAAAAUGUAAUAUUCAUAAGGGAAAGCCCUUCUUGACACUAUAGUGUCUUCUCUUGAACCUACCAUUUCUAUAAUAUCUUUCUCGGUCUUACAACAUCAAAGCAAUCUCUAACUCAAUAUUCAUAAUAUCUCUUGUUGACCCCUCCUAACCCUCAUCACAAGAAAACACAAUAUUCAUCAUAAGAAACAGCCCUUCCCCAAUCUCGCUCCUAUUACUCUUGACUCCUCGGGACACACAAAAGCCGAUCACAAUGACACAUCCAAAAGUGGCAUUCUGUAAGACAAAAUUCGGCUUUUGGAAGAGGCUUUUCUUCCUGAUUCCCAUCGCCAAACACGGCCCGCAUCUUACUCAUUGUCUACAACAAAAACAAAACACAGCUACAUUGUUUUGCCUCCUUUAAUUGUCAUUUCAAGGUUCGACAACGGCGUUCAUAUCAGGACCAUAUUCGUCAGACUCAACGACCUUCUCAAGUUCAAAUGCCCACACGGGCUCAGCUUACAGAUCCAUUUGGUAUGUUUGUUAUAAAAUGAUAAAAUUAAUUUUAAAUUUUCAAAAAUUAAGUAAUUUUUGAAAGUCUUUUAAUUUUUAAAAUAAAUUUAACAGUUUUUAAAAAAAAAUUAAAUUUAAUGGAUCAUUAUGUUAUAAUCGAGUCCUCUAAACUCAUUUUCGUAUUACAGAUGCAGCCGAUUGACGCACUAGAAUGCAGAUUUAAAACCGAAAAGUCUGCCAUCGGCUUCUGUAGCCCCGACACCACGGAUCCUCGGUUUGUGAUCCGAAAGUUCAGUCCGAUGCCAGAUCAGCCGCUGUUCCAGGAAGGGGAGACGUACUACUUUGCAGGUGAGUACCAUAAUCGAUUAGAUGAAAUAAGAAACCGAAAUUGCACCAAAUCUGCAUGAAUCGAGGGAUUAUCCCGAGACAGCUGGGCCGCUAACUGAAGGGCGGGUUAUUAUAUUAAUAAGCAGUAGGGUAAUAUGCGAUUGUGGGUAAUAUCAAUAAAUUAAACGGGCUGAAGAUACUUUGGUAGGACAACAAUUAACUGUAUUGAAGUAGAGUUUGAUUUCGCCUGAUGCUCUGCUGUUUUCGCAUCCAGCAGCGUCAAUAAGGUCUCAAUUAAAUUGACCCAAAUAAGUGCGAAACUAUAAUAUAAACAUAGCAGAUUCGUGCAGCGAUAAUUCAUAGUUCCGAGGUGCAACAAACCAUGUAAAUUGAGCAUAAGGAAUCCCGAACGCUAGGUGUUAUUCAAGGCAGCUUAAUUCGAGCGUUUAAUAAAUAGCUUAAUAAGAGGAGUUAUAGACCCGUUGUAAGACUGUAAGACGCUAAAACACUAUAUACUAUACUAUUUUUAAAUAAAUGAUAUCGCAGAUAAACAUACUAAGCUACUUUUGCACUUUUAAAUUCGAUACCAAACUAUUAAAUACCAAUUAACAAUUGUAAUACCUUAAAUGCCAACCUAUAAGUUGCGCAAGAUGAUUUAUUAUCCCCAAUUAAAGUGCAAUUUCAGCUGCCACAAACGACACUUCUGGCCGCCUGAAUGACGGAUUAUGCAGAAAAGUGGGGAUGAGGCUGCGGAUCUUCGUGCUGCCUCGAGAUGCCAUCGGAAGCGACCUUCCGGUUAUGGACUUGACCCGAUCGCUGUGGUUGCGCGAACAAAUAAAAGAGCCAGAUGUUGAAGAGCCCCAUAGGGAAACGUCAACAGCUCCCACUACCACCACAACUACCGUGCAUACGAUACGUAGGAUACAUCACAAGCCUAUCAAGGACAUUCCACGACGACAUCAGCCGACCAGGCACAUCACCACAGAUUCAGAAGGCAUCAAGUACGAUGUGACCGAGAAGAAGACAGGAGGAGUGCCAGAAUUCAGUCAUCUCGGCACACUUCCCAACCCAUUAGCCAACCAUCUACCUCAAUUAGAGUUCGAAGUGGGGUACGAAGACGUGAGUUCGUCGGCGAACUCUUUGUGUAAGUUGACAUUUUCUUCAAGACUCAAGUCACACAGUUAAGACAACUUGAUUUUACAUCAUCUUAUGAAUGUAAACAUUGUUAAUUAUUUCGCGACAGAUAUUAAUCACCACACUUUUCAGACGCCAACCUGUCAAUUAUGCUCCUUCUUCUGUUAAGGAUACUGUUGUAA